GAGUUUAUGUUUUGUUUUUUUCUUCCACAGUAAUUAGUGAAUGCCAAAGGCAGCAACUGGCAUCGGUGAGCUACUCCUCUCGCUAUGCUCUGGGCCUCUUUUAUGAAGCAGGCAUGAAGAUUGAUGUCCCUUGGGCUGGCCAGUACAUCACCAGUAAUCCCUGCAUACGCUUCAUCUCCAUUGAUAAUAAGAAGCGCAAUAUAGAGUCAUCAGAAUUUGGUCCGUCCCUGGUGAUCCACACCACUGUCCCAUUUGGAGUUACGUACUUGGAGCACAGUGAGGAGGAGGUGCAGGAGUUAAUCAGCCAGCAACUGGAAACCAUUCUGCCGGGUUUGCCUCAGCCAGUUGCUACCAAAUGCCAGAAGUGGAGGUAUUCACAGGUUACAAACUCAGCUGUCAACUGUCCUGGCCAGAUGACUCUUCACGUCAACCCUUCCCUGGUGUGUGGAGGGGAUGGAUUUACUCAGUCCAACUUCGAUGGCUGCAUCGCCUCUGCCCUGAGUGUCAUGGAAGCAUUAAAGAAUCAUAUUUAGUAUCUAUGUUCUUGUUUUCUACAUUGACUUUGGGAUUCUUGUUUUCACAGACCUCUGUUAUUAAUUAUUCUGUUUUCCAUUUUAUGAAGAGGAAUUACUUGGAAAGAAUGUCUCCACUUAACUGUCAUUUUUCAUAUGAAAUAUAAAAACAAUGUUAUAAUUUUGAUAGCUACCGCCCGUAGUAAAAUGAUAAUUUCUUAAACUUUACUCCUUCCCUGCUUUUUUUUUUUUUUUUUUUUGGUUUUUUGAGACAGGGUUUCUCUGUGUAGCUUUGCACCUUUCCUGGAACUCGCUUUGGAGACCAGGCUGGCCUCGAACCCACAGAGAUCUGCCUGCCUCUGCCUCCUGAGUGCUGGGAUUAAAGGUGUGCGCCACCACCGCCCGCCCAGCUUUUCUGAUUUUCUAUGACCAAUCCUUGUUGGAGUACAAUGGUGCUUAUUAUGAACAAAUAACCCAUCCCCAGAAUUAUACUAAAUCAAAGUUCCCAUUCACAGGCCCAAACCUUUAUCAUCAUUUUGAAAAUUUCAGUCUGAAUAAAGAGCAAUCAUUAUCA